UUAUUUAGUUUUGAUCAUUUUCAUUUCCCUAUUAUAAGCCGUGGAAGUAAUUUCGCUUACUACUUACAGUUAUUAUUUAUCGCGGCAAACUCUAAUCCAUAUACAUUAAAUAUUUAUUAAUAAAUACUCAACUGACUAACAACUAUUAAUAUAACAUAUUACGUGUAAAUAAAAAGGAUAUACAUAUAUUUUAUAUAUAGAUAAAUAUAUUUAUAAAUAUAAUAACUUAAAAAUGGCAGCAGUAAGCGAAGUAACAGCUACGAGAAUAGUACAGUCUUACGUGUCAUCAAAUAGUUAUUACGGUUACGUACCACCCAUUAAUGAAACAACAACAACAACAACAACAACAGCUACUAAAUUUAAUAAUAAUAAUAAUCAGUAUUUGUACAAUUCUCAACAAAGUAAAAUUUAUUUUAAUAAUACAAACAGUGAUGAAAGAACAUAUCAAAGUCAUCAACAGCAACAAAAUAAUGAAAAUAACGGAUUAGCCAUGGAAACAGAUGAUAUUGAUAAUCACUAUAAUGGAGAUUAUAAAUUACACUGCCAGAAUAACCAUUACGUGAUUCCAGAGAUGGUGAUGCGUCUCGACAACAACAACAAAAUCAACACCAGAAGUAACAGAAGUAACAGCGUUGGUGAUUCGGGAGGACGCGGGAUCGGAGAUAGCGUUGGUUUUAUCUACCGGAUAAACCACAGCGACGCCGACGCCGCUCAUCUUCAUAAUAAUAAUAAUAAUAAUAAUAACAAUAACAUUUACAAUUAUAAUCAUAAUGGAAUGGUUAAUUCAAUGGAGAUUCACCGGCGAAACCGUAAGCGCAAUAAUUACGAUCAUGCCGGAGUUGACCAGGGAUUUUCACACGGACAGUUGAAGAAGUUUCGUCCAGACGGUGGUAACAAACGCGUUUACCGCAAUACAAGGAGUUGUACCGGAGAUAUUGGAUCAUCCGCGGUGCAUAAUGAACCGACAACUCAUUUAGCUGUUUCCAACAGCGUUUGUAGUAUCCCGAUACAGUCCCAGGUUAUCAGCUUCACUUGCAAUAAUGGUAAUGGUAACCCAUCAGUACUACAAUCAUCAGGUAAUUCCAGAGAAAUUGAUCUCGUUCAAUCGUACGAUAUACGUGUUAGUGCUCGUGACAAUAAAACUGCUGAUAAAAAUAGCUCCGUACUGCCGGUUACCAGUGCUAAUAAUAAUAAUAUAGUAGAUUAUGAGACAAUGCUGAUGGAGACGCAUGGCUGUUUGGCUUAUCACCUUUACCGUCAUCAGUUUUUAGAUAUCAAUACUUUUGAGGCAGAAUUUUAACUGUCUCACUCCUCUUACCUGUUCAUAUUAUAACUAUUUACAUAUUUAUAUAAAUAUAUUUAUAUAGAUGUCUAUAUAAUUAUAUUUAUAUAUGACUUAUUUAUAUACUUAAAAAAAAAAAAAAAAAAACAACUAAAGAAUUUUAAGCUCAUUAGUUACGAUGGAUUUAAUCGAAAGUUUGUGUGAAAUGUAUACUUUUCUAAUAAAAAUAUAAAAUUAUCUUUAAAAUAA